AUGUCGAUGCGCUUGAUAACCAGACAGCGUGCCGCUCAGCUUAUUACCUUGCGACAACCGAGGAUAUCGAUCCGACGGAUCUCUCAGGAAUCAUGCAUCGACGCUCUCCGAUCCCGCCUCGAGGAGAUCUUCAGCGAUGGCGGACAAUGCAGUGACCUCGAAACCGAACUCUCCAAGAUCGACGAAUGCGCCGAUUUUGCGGGGGAGGGAAAGGGGUUCGAGAACUUCACGGCUAUCUCCCUGGCGGGUCUGAUGAAUCUCGCUGGGGCGCAGAACGCGAGCUCAGAUUGCUGGCCUGUGUCUCCGAACAGUGAUGGGUUGGUGUAUCUUGGUGGGGAUGUUGUUGUUCUUUUCCAAAUCACUCCCGUGCUGACUGUUUUCCCGCGCGGCGGAGGCAUCGACGACACGAGCGCGCAGUUGACCUGUCUCAAGGCCGUCGAGGUCAUCGGUGAAAAUGGUGGGAGUGAUGAUGAGGAUGAGGACGGCGCAGGAGAUGCAGGGUCGUUUGACUACUACUCGCGGGAUGAGUAG